AUGGGCAUCCCCAGCUCUGCUGAGAGACUUCACACAACAACAACUUCCCCCCCAGCCCCUGGCUCUGGGUCUCAGGGGGUUCCUGCCCACCCUGUACUUCGGGAGGCCUUUGCUGUGACACUGCAGGUGAGCACAGGGGAAGACUCCAAGAGAAGGAAAGGUCUCCCACAGCAGACAGCUGGAACUGGUUCUGCACCAGCCAGCCCAGUGCCCAGCCCCUCUGGAGCCCGUGAGAGCAGGACCCAGGCAGCUCCCUGGCACAGCUCUGCCCCUGCAGCCCCCCAGAGCCAGCACAGUGCCAGCCCAGCAGCUCCUGCUCCAGCACCACCCUCGCCCCGUGCAGGGGGAAGCCAGCCCAGCUCAGGCACAGCACACCCUGCCCCAGGGGUGCCCAGUGUCCCUGGUGAGGUCCCAGCACAGCUGGCACAGGCUCUGGUGCAGCAGUUCAGGAGGGCUCUUGAUGCAGCCACCAGGAACCUCAGCACCGGCAGAGGAGACCCCCUCACCAUCACCUCAGCCCCAAAGCUGUCCUUCCUGUUCAAGAGCACUGAUGGCAUGAUAUGCCUUCGACCCCUGCAGGAGUCCCCUCUGCCCAGGACAUUCCCAAAUGCCAGUGUUGGGGGGCUGGUUUCUGUCCAGCAAAUCCUGGCAGCGUCAAAUUCCUCAGCGCUGGACCUGGCAGACUUACACCAGCUGAGUCCUUCCAGCCUGGUCCUGCUCAGGCCUGUGUUCAUCCUGCUGCCCACGGACAGGGCACACUCACCCUUUCCUCAGGGGGAAGGUGACCACAGAACCACCCACCUGGGCACACACGUGGGCACCCCUGAAAGCAGCCACGGGAGAACGAGUUCCUCUUAUCCCACCAGUAAAUCUGAAACCACUCUGUCCACUGUGUCCAACCAACAAGCAGAGAGAGCAAAGGUGACUCCUCAGCCAACUCAUCCCAGUUACAGAGCCACCGUGGGCUUGGGCCAAGCUGCCACCUCAGCACUAGGUCCUUUGCUGGACCCAGGGAUGGGGAUGAGCAGCACAGGGCAGGCCCUGCACCUUCCCAGGAUGCCAGAGGAGAUGCAGAUCCCUGCUCCCCCUUCCCAGGAGGCCAAGGGCACUGAUUUACUGCUCCUGAGCAGGAUGUUGGCAGAGCCUGGCACCUCCCCUGGGGCACCAUCAGUGCUGCCCACGCAGCAGAGCCCCUACACUUCCUCCAAAGUGUCUCCCACGACUGAAAAGCCACAUUCUGUAACUCCUUUACUGCCAGCAAAGGGACUCCUUGAUUUCCCAGUGCCUGCCCAGCCCGUGGCCAGCAGCACAGGGGCUGCAGGCCAUGCCCAGCACGGUGGGACACUGCAAACUGCCCCCCCUGGCCAGGGCUCAGGGACCACCCCGAGCUCUGCCCCUGCUCCCUGCGUGGAGUGUGGGACCUCACGCUCAGCUGCAGCCACAAAACACCCACUAAAGGGGCUCACAAGCACCAAACCUCUGCAGGCCACGUCCCAAGGGCUCCCAAGGACCACACUGCUGCUGCCAUCCGUGGUACCCAGCACGUCCUCAGCUUCCCCAGUGCUUCCAGCUGGGAAUGAGCACGGAGAGGCUGCCCUGGGCAGCACAGCUCCUGCAGGAGGGGUCCCUGUGCCUGCUACAGCAGCACAAACCCACAGCACUUCCGUACAACCUGAUCUCCCUCACCACUUGGAAUUCACUCCCAUGGUGCCCAAGCCCUUUGUAAGGACAGAGGGACCAACAGCAGCCCCAGUGCAGGCUCCCUUCUCAACAGAGAUCCAAAGGAAAACCACGGUUCCUGGGAAACUUGGGGCUGCAGUGACCCACCCAAGGGUGUGUUCCAGCUCUGCUGCACGCCCACCUUCUCCUGCUCCUGCACAUGUGCCCCUGCUGGCAGCCCUGGAAGGUGACCAAGCCCUCCAAGCUCCCACUGAACUGUUCCCACGGGCCAGCACGGGAGAAACCCCAAAGCCAACUGAAAGCAGCACGAGGGCAGGAAAAGCAGGACCCGGUGAAUCCUCGGGGGUGAGUGUGUCCCUGUCAGCCCCAGUGAACACACAGACACAGCACCCACCCCCAGCAGCCCUGGGGAAGGAGCUGGGUUCGAGUGCAGCACAGCCCUCUGUGCCCACGGGAGCUGCCCUGCAGAGACAGCCCCGAGGGACACAGGGCACCCCCCAGGCUGCCCCAGCAGGGACUGCUCUCCCUGCAGCCCAGGGUGCUCAGACCACUGCUCCACUCACCAGCAAGAAAGGGCAUCACCUGCCCACAGCAGCCCCCCAGCCUGAUCCCAGCGUGGUGCUGCCCAGGGUGAACACACCCGCUGUGGGGAAGGGCGAGGGCGAAGCAAAAGGAGAUGCAGCCCCCACCAGCCACCUGCCCACCCAGGCACCCCUGUCUGCGUCCCCCAGACACCCUCUGGAGAAGGAGAUCCUGGAGGACACCAUGGAACAGGAGCCUGGUCAUUCCAGCCCUGGCAGUGCCCUGAGUGCCACCGGGCCACCUCCCACAGCAGCACUGGCUGUCUCUGCUGCCAGGCCUGGGAACAAGGUCACCAAUCACUCUGCUGCCUUCCAGAGAGCAGCUGGCAGUGAUGCUGAGAUGCUUCCAGCCAGAGACCUGAUCCAGCUCCUUCCAAGCCCAGAGAGCCCCUCACAUCCUGCCGGGAGCCCGGUGCCAGCCCGGGGGGAUUCCCUGCUGGGUGUGGCAGGCACUGACUCAUCCGAGGGGCUGCUGCUGAACACAGAGGCAGAGGAGAUGGGCAGGACGGAGGAGGUGACAGACGGAGCAGCUGAAGGGCUGGUGACACUGCUGGAUGCCCAGCCCAGCGCCCCGGGGGACUCUCACCACAGGAGGGGGCUGCAGCCGGAGCUCACCGUCCUGGAUGGCCUGGCCGUGGUGAGGGACGACGCCUGCGGCUCCGGCAACUACACGGUGCAGCUGAGCCUGAGCCCCGCUGCUGACACAGCCCCCGAGCCCCACGGGCCUCCAGCACCUUCCCCAGAGACCUUCCUGGCCUUGGUGGCCGUGCAGGACAACCUCAGCCAGCCCCUGGUGCAGCCCCUGCUGCAGAUCCACUCGUGCUGUGUGACCCCCUCCGCCAGCCCCGGGGCCCCGGGAGCCCAGUGCUGCCUGUUCCGCAGGCUGCCAUUUGAGUGCAGGCACAUCCAGCUGCUGCAGAGCAGCAGAUCCAGAGCUGCCAGCUUCACCAUCCAGCUGUUCCAGAUGCUGAACCACUCGGUGGCCUACCUGCACUGCGAGCUGGACGUGUGUCUGCACGGAAAGGAGGGAUGUGAGCAGGACUGCUUGGAAAGUGUGGAGCCAGUUCUGCAGCCCAGUGACAGGAACAGCCAUGGAAACCUGCACAACCUCAUCUCAUUUGGCCCAGUUUGGAGGAUGAAGGACAGGUUUCUGUACAAACCUGUGGAAGGUCCUGGCUCUGCUGUGCUGCUGCCCAUCCUGCUGGGCUCCCUCACUGGCUUUGCUGUCCUGGGCAGUGCCUUCAUAAGCCUUUGGCUGCACCACAGGCAGAAAUCCAAACCCCUGCACUACCCCCCCUUUGGAGACAUCCAUGGGCUGUGAGCCUGGAGCAGCUCCUGGUCCUGCAGCUCCCACACCAGCACCGCAGUGACCAGGGGAGAACAGGUCCUGCCCUGCACAUUGUAGUGCUUCUGUAGAGCUUCUGCUGACCCAGGGAGCAAGAGGGGUCCCACCUCUGCCCAGGGCACGUCUCCCCUUCCCUCCUUUCCCUCUGCAUGAGCGAGCCCACAAACUGCAGAGCAGAGAAGGGCCGAGGGAGGGGCUGUCAGACCCUGUGGGUGGGGGAGGGCAGCUGGGGGAUGCUCAGGGGGUGCUGUGCAGAGCCCUGCCUGGGAUCCAGCCUCACAUCCCUCUGUUCUGGAGGAACAGGGGCUUCUCCAUUCUGUCCACGACCUCCUGCUGCCUGUGCAGCUGCUGCUGGUGGGGAAGGAGGAAGCAGCAUCCCUGGAGUGUGGAAGGAGCUGUGAGGCAUGAGGAAGGCACCUCUGGGAAGGGAUCUCCCUGUCUUUGGGGCCACGGUGUAAAUGGUCAGCAUGACAGCCCCACUUGGGUAUUGUAAUGCCAUUAAAACUGACCCUGGAACGUGUCUGAGGCCGGAGCUGUUUGCCCAGAAAUGGGCACCCCUGAAAGGUCUGGGGGGCAGAGAGCCCCUCUGCAGCCAUGGACUGUGUUCCCCUACUCCCUCACCUUCUCCUGAACUCUCUGUAAUAAAACUGAGCAUUGCAGUAAGUGUUUGUCUUGCCUGUGCCUGAACCUGAGGGAAAUGGAGUCCCCUUGGGCUUGUCUCAGCUCCAAAACUGCACUGGCAGGUGAGUGCCAGCAGGUGGGAGUGGGGGUGGCAAGGGCAGGACCUGUGCCAGAAGCAUCACACCUUAGGGCGUGGCAGGGAAUUGGCAACAAUCACCUUCUAAUGUUUGUAGGGUUUUUUUUUCUCCCUGAAAGGCUGCAGAGCCCGGCUGGCUUUUUACCUUUUCCUUCUUUCCCUAAAGCCUUGCAGUCAGUGUAACAGGAAAAUAGCUCACACUUCCCCCUGGCUCAGUCUCCCUCCAAGAAUUUCUUCAAGAUCUGGCACAGAGCUAAAAGUUCCA